ACAAAUUGCAGAUACGUCUCUAUAUAAGUCUUAUGUGAACGUCUACUGAUUCCUCAUUUUUAUUAUUUUCUACUAUAAACGAAAGAGGUUAAACAAUUCGAGUCUUCAGUGUGUUAACACGUAUCGUGUAUGAUCCAGACAUAAAACAUAAGAUUACCAAAAAGAGAAAUAACAGAAGCCAUAUUGUCAAACAUGGAUACUAAAACACUUUUUGUGAUGGUGCUUUUUGUAGUCUCGGCCAACGCAGACUGCUACACGUCUUGUUAUAACACCUAUGUUCAAAGUAUCGCGUCACACAUUACAUCUCAGACACUCAUCUGCAACGAUAUAGAGACGUUUGUGCAUUGUCUGUUUGGCUCUGGCUGUAAUGGUGGAUCCGUGUCUGAAAAGCAAAUACUUGAUCUGAUGAACCAGUACUUAAAUUUGUAUGGUUUCUCUUGUUCUUUUUCAACAACGGAUCUGUACUAUAAAUACAGGAACAGCAGCUCAACUGUCUCAACGAUCUGUGUACCAAUUCUGCUGUUGAUAUCUGCCUGCCUGAUUAAACUUAAACAAUUGUUUUAGAAUAGAAACAAUUCAUCUGGAGGAUAAGAAAUAUUGUAACAUUCCAUCACUUUUUUUUCUUCAUCGUACUACAUUUACAUACAUAAAUGAAUUCUACGCUUAAAAGUGAUAAAGCUGUAAAUUUAAAUGACUUUUUCAAGUUGUAAUUAAUUUUAAUUUAUUAAAUUAAAUAAAUAGAUAACAAAAAAACAAUUAUAUUGUUGUAUCUAAUUUUCUAUUAUUCACUGUUCUUGUAUAUAUUUUUUACACGAAAAAAAUACACAUGCGACAUAUUUGUCUAUUUUUGUUUGUGUAAAAAAUGAAAUAAACGUAAUUAUACCUUUAAGAUA